AGUCCUCAUCAGGUGAUUCGCGCUCUCUGAGAAACACGUGGGAAGCAGUGAAAGAAAGAUCUUCCGGGGCAGAAUGCUGCAAAGAAUAGUGCACCCCGUACGGCUGGGAUGCCACAUCCUCUCUUUGUCCCGGAGCCUCCAUCAAACUCCCAGGGGUCACAUUCCCCUCAUCCCUAUUGUAGUGGAACAGACGGGCCGUGGUGAGCGAGCCUAUGACAUCUACUCUCGGCUUUUGAGAGAGCGCAUUGUCUGUGUGAUGGGCCCGAUUGAUGAUGGCAUUGCAAGCUUGGUCAUUGCACAACUGCUUUUCUUGCAGUCAGAGAGCAAUAAGAAGCCCAUCCACAUGUACAUAAACAGUCCGGGUGGUGCAGUGACAUCAGGAUUAGCUAUUUAUGACACCAUGCAGUACAUCCUGAACCCUAUUUGCACAUGGUGUGUGGGGCAGGCAGCUAGCAUGGGCUCUCUGCUGCUGGCUGCAGGAUCACCAGGCAUGCGCCACUCCCUGCCGAACUCCCGCAUCAUGAUCCAUCAGCCCUCAGGUGGGGCCCGGGGCCAAGCUACAGACAUUGCCAUCCAAGCUGAGGAAAUCCUCAAACUUAAGAAACAGAUCAAUAGCAUCUAUGCCAAACACACCAAACAGAACCUGGAUGUGAUUGAGGCUGCAAUGGAAAGAGAUCGUUACAUGAGCCCAGUGGAAGCCCAGGAAUUUGGCAUCUUAGACAAGGUGCUUGUUCAUCCUCCACACGAUGGUGAAGAUGAGCCGGAGCUGGUACAGAAAGAGACUCCGCCUGCACCUUCUGUCUCCCCUUCCUUGGCUGAACCCUGAGGGAUCCACAGACUUGUUUAGCUGCUUUGUAGCAUUAUGGAUUGUAACAGUGAUGUCAGCCCUCUGAAAUGGAAAUAGGGGCUGGUUGGUCAAACUCACUGCGGUCGCAGGGAAUCUCCAUCCGAGUGGUUCUUCUCUUCAGGACUGCUCCAUGUUUGUAGGAACUGGUCUCUUGACUUUUUCCUCUCUGGGAUCCAGUUGUUAUCCUACCUGUCUUUUCUUUCCUAAUUCACAAUAUUCUUUAAUUAGUUUUAAAUUAAACAUGGACCUGUA